CCUUCCUCCGGGGGCCGUUACGGAGAGCCGGGAAGGUGCUGCCGGCCAGGCUGUCCCCCAGCCCCGGGAGUGGGCCGUGCGGAGGCGAGCAGCGCUGUAAGCGGCGGAGCAAGAUUUCCAGUCUUUUGAAAUGGUCGGGCUAGGAAACAGCCGUCGAGGGAUGAAAUCUCCACCUCUUUUAAUAGCUGCACUUGUGGCUUGUAUGAUCGUUUUGGGCUUCAAUUACUGGAUUGCACGUUCUCGAAAUGUUGAUCUACAGAGUCGGAUUAUGGAACUAGAAAGAAAAGUCCGCAGGGCGGCAGCAGAGAGAGGGGCUGUUGAACUCAAAAAGAACGAAUUCCAAGGUGAACUACAGAAGCAGCGUGAGCAGAUUGAUAAAAUCCAGUUCCUCCACGGUUUUCAGAUGGAAAAUGUCAAUAAAGUGCACGAGGAUGAGAAGGCAGUGUUAAUGAAUAACAUCACAACAAAUGAGCGAUUUAUCCAGAAUCUAAAAGAACACUUGAUAAAGUUACAGAAGGAAUACGGAAAGCUACAACUGGAUGUGUACCAGUUUCAGAAAAACCAGACUAACCUUCAGAAGAAAUUUUCCUAUGAUAUGUCCCAGUGCAUCAAUCAGAUGAAAGAGUUAAAAGAACAAUGUGAAGAAAGGAUAGAUGAGAUCACAAAAAAAGGCAGUGAGGCCCCACAGGCUAAGGAAAUCAAAGAAUUAUUGAAAAAUUCCAACAAAACCUACCAGGGUAAUAAUAUUCAGCUGCCAACUUUUAAUCGAGAGCUCCAUCUGCAUGACCUGGUAGAGCAGAAGGGAGAUGAGGAGCAAGAGAAGAACAAAAUUCCUGGAAAUGUAGCUCUAGAAGCAUCAAAGCCAACACCCACUGUAAAAAAGGUACCAGAGAUUGAGUUUCAUGGAGACAAAGAAGGGACACAUGAUCUGGUUGCAGUGAACAAAGAGGAGUCUAAAACAGAAGACGAGAAGCUUUUUGUUGAUCGAGGACCCCCACACGCUUCAGCCAAGAGUGCCGUGGAUCAUAAGGAACUAUUUCCUGAACUAGGAAAGGAACCAAAUUCGUAUGAGGGGGUAAAUGUUCCUAAAGAAGGUGAUGCAGAACGGGAGUCUGUCAAAAUGCAAGAACCACCUGCAGGCCAUGCUGUCAAUCAAGAAAAUGCUGCCAAUGAAGAAGUGGAGCGGGAGCACCUCUUAAAUUAUGACGCUCAGCCAGAUGACCAGGAGCCCAGUCAGGAUGAUAAACAGGGAGCUAAAGCAGCAAACCAGAACAACAUAGCAGUUGACUACAACCUAGAUGAAAAUGAAGGUGAAUCUGAAACUGACAAGCAAGCAGCACUGGCAAGCAAUGAAAAUAACUUGCAUGCCCCAAAUCCUGAAGAUCUGAAUAUGAAGAACCACUUAUUUGAUCAAGGUGAAGAGGAGAGACAGAGGCUGUGAAUAAGGAAGCACACCAUGUGUGACUCAAUCACUUGUAAACAAAUCCAACCAUAAAGAUCCAGGUGAAGCUAGAAUGCUUGAUUGCUGUCUCAAGGCUUUAAAAGGGUCCCAAAUCAAGUAGAUUGUGGUUGUGAAGUUUUAGUACUAUGCUUCAAUGGUUAAAACUAUACUUUGUCUCUUAGAGGUUUAAAGGAGUUCUGACUUGUCAAAUUUUUUUUUUUUUUUUUACUGUUUUUAAAACCUUAAUUAGCUAGCAAUAAUUGAAAUACUUUUACAGUCAGCUAAGUUGUACAAUCAUA